AGCCCAUCUUCACCACCCGAGCGCACGUCUUCCAGAUUGACCCCAGCACCAAGAAGAACUGGGUGCCCGCGAGCAAGCAGGCUGUCACUGUUUCCUACUUCUACGAUGUCACCAGGAACAGCUAUCGGAUCAUCAGUGUUGAUGGAGCCAAGGUGAUCAUAAACAGCACCAUCACCCCGAACAUGACUUUCACCAAGACCUCGCAGAAGUUCGGGCAGUGGGCUGACAGCAGAGCCAACACAGUGUUCGGUCUGGGAUUCUCCUCAGAGCAGCAGCUCACGAAGUUUGCAGAGAAGUUCCAGGAGGUGAAAGAAGCUGCCAGGCUAGCCAGAGACAAGUCCCAGGAGAAAAUCGAGACCUCGAGUAAUCAUUCCCAAGAAUCUGGGUGUGAAACCCCGUCUUCCACUCAGGCAUCCAGUGUCAACGGAACGGACGAUGAAAAGGCCUCACAUGCCAGCCCUGCCGACACACACCUCAAGUCUGAGAAUGACAAGCUGAAGAUCGCGUUGACACAGAGUGCUGCCAAUGUGAAGAAGUGGGAGAUUGAGCUGCAGACCCUGCGGGAGAGCAACGCCCGGCUGACCACAGCCCUGCAGGAGUCGGCGGCCAGCGUGGAGCAGUGGAAGAGGCAGUUCUCCAUCUGUCGUGAUGAGAACGACCGACUCCGCAGCAAGAUCGAGCAGCUGGAAGAACAGUGCAGCGAGAUAAACAGGGAGAAGGAGAAGAACACUGAGCUGAAGAGCAGGAUCGAGAAGCUGGAGUCUGAGCUCCGGGAAAAGGAGACGGAGUUGAAAGACCUCCGGAAACAGAGUGAGAUCAUACCUCAGCUCAUGUCGGAGUGUGAAUACGUCUCUGAGAAACUAGAGGCGGCCGAAAGAGACAAUCAAAACUUGGAAGACAAAGUGCGGUCUCUAAAGACAGACAUCGAGGAGAGCAAAUACCGACAGCGCCACCUGAAGGGGGAGUUGAAGAGCUUCCUGGAGGUGCUGGAUGGCAAGAUCGAUGACCUCCAUGACUUCCGCCGAGGACUCUCCAAGCUAGGCGCGGAUAACUAGGCCAGGCCAGGCCACGAGUGGCAAGUGUGUGUGUGUGAGGUGAAGUAGGCAUAGGACAUCCUCCAUUUGUGUCGCUUCUGCUAAUGCAGGUGCAGCCUGUCUGUCUCCAGACCAGUCGUGCCGUCCACCCAGUCCUCCCGGAUAGAAAAUCUCUUGCUUCUCUGGCCUCGUGAGGUUGUGGACAACUGGAAGCUUCUGACUCAGGAAUCCAGAACUCGGUCUACCUUAGCCGUUUAUGCAGUCAGGCAGGGAUGUUUAUAUCUUUUUUUUUUUUUUUAAGGGCUGUUGCAACCCUAUGAACUGGGUGGGGGGGGCAGCAUUUUCUAAUCCAACUAUCAAUGUCCUUUACAACAGGCUACUGGGCACCUUCUACUGAGUAGCGUUCAGGGUGUGUGACUCUCCGGCAGAUUCUAGUCCACGGGGCACACGAGGGGAUCAUCUUUUCCCCCCGUCUGCAUUUUGAUGCUUCAGCCGAUGUAUCUAACCUUUUGACGUUGUGAAACAGCUUCGUCAUCCAUAAAGUUGACACUCAAGGACUGACUUACCCACAGAGAAAUACUUGUCAGAAAAACAAACCUUACACUGUUUUAAGUCAAUUUACUGUUUUGUGUUGGAGCACAUUCUUAGUUAUCCUUGGCUACAUGUGGGCCUCGGACUGUAGGUCGGGCAUACCUUCUUGAAAGGAACCUUUAGUUUAACCUUUAGUGGAAACUUUACCAGAGGGAAGAAAGCCCAGAAGUUUUGGGGUGUACCUACAGACAGGAAAUCACCUGUAUCCGUUGUGCCCCAUCUUCCCCCGAUUACUACGGUUGCGGCAGUGUUUCUUCUCUUGUGUUUCUUUUUUUGUUUUGUUUUGUUUUUGUUUUCUGUUGUUGGUUGGUUGGUUCUUGUUUUGUCUCUAUUUCCGAGCCUAUGCUUGCGCUGUGGGAACGGAUGCAGGAGUGUGCUUAGCAUACUGCUGGGCACACCAUAGGUGCUUAAUAAACAUUUGUUAAUUAAACAUA